CCCUUUUGAAAUAAUAUAUAUUUAAAAGUUUUCGUUUUUUAUUUUCUUUUCUUUUCUUUUUUCUCUCUGGAUUUUCGCUGGUCCGUCAAUGGUGAUCUGAGACAAUUUUUGUUUUUGCACGAAUCUAAUUGGUUUCGAUGUGUGACAGAGAGAGACAAGGAGACGAAUUUCAAAUCUAGGGUUUCUCAUUCUUUUUGUUUCUUCUUCUCAUAAUCCCUUUAUUGUCGCGAGGAAGAAGACGACGUUGAUUGAAUAUACAAGAAUUAGAAAGACAAAAGAUAAAGAGAGAGAGAGAGAGUGUGACGAAAAAGAUGUCUACAUUGGACUCCAUUGAUGCGAUUCUCUUCUCUCUUAGCAGAGCUUUUACAAGCCCUUUCGCUGUCUUCGUUCAGAUCCAGGGGUGUACAAUAUGCUUACUCCUUGCUCUUGGUUGGUUUUUGGCUGAAUAUGUCAGGAACCGAGAGGUUAAGAGAAUUAAAAACAGCAUAAAAGCGGGAAAUAGCUUGGCGUUUCUUUAUCAAGAUGUCAAUGAACUUGAGCACUCUAGGCAGGUUAAACUUCCCAGAGUAUCCGUUGUCAUGCCUCUUAAAGGUUUUGGAGAACACAAUUUACACAACUGGAGAAGUCAGAUCACUUCUCUCUAUGGUGGGCCAUUGGAAUUCCUUUUUGUUGUAGAAAGUACGGAAGACCCUGCAUAUCACGCUGUUUCCCGUCUAUUAUCUAUGUAUCAGGAUGAUGUUGAAGCUAAGGUUGUGGUUGCUGGUUUAUCGACUACUUGCAGCCAAAAAAUUCAUAAUCAGUUGAUUGGAGUUGAGAAAAUGCACCAAGACACCAAAUAUGUGUUAUUUUUGGAUGACGAUGUUAGACUGCAUCCUGGAACAAUUGGAGCUCUCACAACUGAGAUGGAGAAAAAUCCAGAGAUAUUUAUUCAAACAGGGUAUCCUUUGGACUUGCCUUCUGGAACUCUUGGGAGUUAUUGCAUCUAUGAGUACCACAUGCCUUGCUCAAUGGGAUUUGCAACUGGCGGGAGAACAUUCUUUUUAUGGGGAGGGUGUAUGAUGAUGCAUGCCGAUGAUUUCAGACAAGAUCGAUACGGUGUUGUCUCUGGCUUACGCGAUGGUGGAUAUUCAGAUGAUAUGACACUUGCCUCUCUAGCAGGUGCUCACAAGAGGCUCAUUACAUCUCCUCCUGUUGCUGUUUUUCCUCAUCCUCUUGCAAGUGAUCUAAGUUUUGGAAGGUACUGGAACUACUUGAGAAAGCAAACCUUUGUGCUGGAAUCUUACAUAUCCAAAGUUAACUGGAUAAUGAACAAGGCUUUGUUUGCUGUCCACUGCUAUCUUUCAUGGGGUUUUGUUGCACCAUAUGUUAUGGCUGUUGUUCACGUCACAUCAGCUUUAAGAAUCUACAUCAAGGGCUAUCAACAUGAAGACACGACCUUUGCAUCUGGUGGUAUGUUGCUUGUUAUAAUGUUGGCGGUCUGCACUUUCAUUGAACUUCUUUCAAUGUGGAAUUUGACAAGGCGAGAAGUUCAACUAUGCAAUAUGCUAUCCCCUGAGGCUCCUCGUCUCUCUCUUGCAACAUACAACUGGGGACUUAUUUUUGUAGCAAUGCUUGUAGACAACUUCCUAUACCCGAUCUCAGCUUUCCGUUCUCACUUUUCUCAAUCCAUAAACUGGUCUGGAAUCCGAUACCAUUUGAAAGAUGGAAAGAUAUUCAAGAUUGAGAGACGAAAGGAUAUGGGACCAGCAAAGACCGAUUUAGGAGGCAAACAUUUGUAUGGUAAAAAAGGAGCUCCUCAGAAAGCUUCAUUCUUAAGCUCAUUGGGAAGAAAUUUAGCUCACUGGCGACAACCGAAAAAAUUUGAUGUUUAAAAAGUCUGGUAUUUAUACAGUAGAAGCAAGCUCAAAAGUCAUUUUUUUCCCGGGAAUUCGCGGGUGAACUGAUGAUUCUUUGCGACGUUGGUGAUUCUUUUUCAAGAAGGGGAAGAUUGGAUCUUGUUUUAAUUUUUGUUUUAAUUUUUGGCUUCAAAAUGUUUAUUGGUGAAGAAAGGCAUUAUUCCCUUUGGUAAAUUUUUAUUUAUUGAUCUCUUUCUGUUUGUCUUACUUAGCCGUUUGAGAUGAAAUAUAUUGCUCACCCUCUUAAUUCAUCACCCUUGAUUUCUGUAAUUUUUGGUUCGUUAUUUUAGUUGGUUGUGUAUCUUAUAAAUGUUCAAUCUAAUUGAAUUUCGCUU